AUGGUCUUCUAUUACAAAUCUGGUCGUUAUCCACUCGACACUCAAAUCAAUAAAUAUCUAAAUCAGAAACGCUUAAAACAAUCAGAGUGCAAUCUGAAGCGGUCGGUCAAGAACAAAAUAUUCAGGCUCUUAAGCGAAAAUUUUGAGUCUGUAUUUUCUCUUCAUAUUGUUGGCUCAGCAGCUAAUUAUCUUGAUGUGAAGGGUGGUGAUCUUGACAUAUGCCUUUUGUUCAAUGAAAUUUCCCCCAAUGAUUUGUACAAGGUGAAACAGUUACUCAAGUGCAGUGAUUUCGCUAUCAAUGUAAUCUGUAUUCCGCCACUAAAUUUAGUUCGCUUCAGAGAUUCCGAGACAGGCUUUCAGACCGAUUUAAUCAUAAACAACUCUAAACCGAUCAAGGACGCCUAUCUCAUUCGCUGCUAUAUAAAAGAAUUUUGUAUUCUGUCGGACCUCAUUGUAUUGAUUAAACUUUGGGCUCAGUAUCAAGAAAUAAAUGAGGCAUCCAAACAAGGUUUGAAUAGCUCCAGUUUAGCAUUGAUGGCCAUAUCUUGCUUGCAAGAGGAUGGCCUUCUACCUUGCUUGCAUGAAGAGAAACCAUACCUGUUUGGAAACUUGAAAUAUCUAAACCUGCAGCGUAUUAAAAUAUCGAAUGGGACUUGUCCUGACUAUGACGGGCCAUCAAUCGACGUACUCUUCCUUAGAUUUCUAAAAUACUACGCAAAGUCAUUCGAAUUCGACAAUCAAGGCAUCUCUGUUCGGUUGGGCCGAGCAAUUUCAAAACCGCGAUCUUCUGGCCAAAAUCACAGAAUUUUUAUUGAAGAUCCCAGCGAUCGGACAAACACAGCCAAAGCUAUUCGAUCUGACAGUAGUUUCUAUAAGAUUGAGAAAGUUUUCACAGAGAGCUUCAACCAACUAGAAAUUGGACGGGACUUGAGUGAGUUGGUUGGACAAUAUAUGACAUAA